AUAAAAGUCCCGAAAUCCAGAAUCCCAUUCAGUAAGCAUUAUACUGUUUGCGAAAGAAGUACUAAGUUGAAAACAUGUAUUGUCCCUUGUUUGUUCUGGUUGUUGGUUUAGGCUCAGUGGUAUGCUUUCCACCUUUUCAUGUACGAUUUUUAUCACGUUUGGAUUCCAACGAGUACUCAGAUUGGAGUGAAGAGGAAUCACAGGUGUCCGACUCAUCCGGAAGUGAUUAUUCUGAGCCAUACUUAUCUGGAAGUGAUUAUUCUGAGUCAUACCAAUCCGGAAGUGAUUAUUCUGAGCCAUACAAAUCCAGAAAAGAUUAUUCUGAGUCAUGUCAAUCCGGAAGUGAUUAUUCUGAGCCAUACUUAUCCGGAAGCGAUUAUUCUGAUCCAUGUACAUCCGGAAGUGAUUAUUCUGAGUCAGAACAAUCAGAGAGUGAUUAUUCUGAGUCAGAAUCAUCUGGAAGUGAUUAUUCUGAGUCAGAAUCAUCCGGAAGGCAUUAUUCUAAGUACUAUUCACUUCCCAAAAAAGAAGAGUGUGCAGUAAUAUAUCCAGGACGUGGGAUGGAAAAUGACCUCUUCCAUGGCCGCUGUCGAAGAGAGGUUCUCCCAGCGCUUUGCAGAGAUAACGCAAUGUCUCAGUACGACUCCAACAGCUGGGACUCCGAAGACACAUAUGAUUCAUAUGGAUCAUCCGAGACAGAAGAACAGGAUUCGUCUGAAGACAAAGGCUACUUCCUGCACGCUUUCCACGAGUGCCAUAGGUUACUCCCCAGAUAUGGCAAACUUGAUCUGCAACGUCAUGGAGACUGCCUGGAUAUUUUGUAUCCUGACGUUUGCAAUAAGUUUUUGUAGCAGUAUUAAUUAUUGAUAUCCGGCCCUUGUAUAAAAUGUUUAUCACCCCGUCCAUUAUUAAACUUUAUGUUUGUUGGUUAGAUUUCGUGGCUGAAGAAAGCAAUUUUUCUUCCACAAGGAACAAUAGGUAUUUUAAGUAGAUAUUUGGUCCAUCAUGAGUACCCACAGAAGAACGACUGAAGAUAAAAAUGUAAAACUUUUUAUAAUGUGUAUUCAUUUAAUAUCAAAAAUUCAUAUCCUAUCCGGAGUCAUCUUGCAUGAGUCCUGUUACAAAAUUGCCUAAAAUAUGAUUUUACAAUUAUUAUAAUUUUUCGUUGAGUGAUUACAUCUUUGGUAUUUUACCUGGCUUAAGGGAAGUUGUAUUACAAGAUUGUGGUUUAAAAAUUAAAAAAACCUAACCAAUAGAAAAAUUAAAUUUUUUCCAACUUUAUAAAUAAUACCAAUCAUCAAAGUACAACUGUUUUACAAUAAUUUUUUCCUUUAACACAUUAACCAUUGAGCUUAGCAUGGUAAUCGUGAAGCGCAAGUCCAGCAAAUCUACUAAAACUAUUUUUAAAAAGGUUAAAAAUUAUAAUAUCUAAUGCUGCUUAUUAAAGUACGUUUUUAUAGGACAGCAUACAGAUUUAGUUAAAGGAAUUGAUUGUAUCAUUAUAUGACAGGUAUACGGAAGUGUGGGCUACAAUUCUUACCUUAAUACUUCCAUUUACAUUAUCCAUGUACUGUACUAUUUUAUAUAUAUUUCAAUUGUUAUUGAAAUAUUUUAUUACGAUUUAACUUAAAUUGAAAUAUAAACUUAUCACAAUG